CAGUCCUCAGAUGGCUGUAUGAAUCAGUUGUGAUCAAAUUGAAGCAUCAUUUUCAUCAUUCAAGAUUCACCCUUUUUCUAAUGGGAAUUUUUGCUGUGUGGGCUCUUAUUGAAACUCAGUCAGGUGAAACUGUAUCCAGCUUGGGCAGAUUUGUGAUAAUGUGGAGAGCAUUUCUCCAAAGGUUUGGCUUGUUAACUAGGAGUUAA